CUGACAGUGAUACAUAGUGAGAGACCUCGUUCUCCCCCGAAACGCGCUGAAUUAGAGCGAAGAAUGCAUCACGAAGUGAAUGGAUGAAUUGCUUUGCUAUUAAAGGGAUGCAUAGUACUGCUUUUCUGUCGGAAAACAAACCAUCGAUCAGUUUUGGCGACAGCACCAACCCCACUGGGCUUUGUAUAAAGCAGACAAGAACAACAACUAAUCCCAGAACGAGCACAACUAGGCUAUAGCUGCCACCGGCAGGGAACCAAGGACAUAAACCGAGAUAAAACAUGGAAAUGGCAGCACGAACUGGAUUAAAUGAAAGGGGGUAGAUGGUUUUUAGAGAAUAGCGAAUGUUUUCUUGUUAUGUUCGUUAAUUUGAGCUUUUAUUUUCUGUGGAAAUGGGAGCUUUGACCAGCAGACAGAACGCAGGAGUGGAAGAGGUCGAUAUACCGUCCACCUCGGUGUACCGCUAUCCACCAAAAUCUGGAAGUUACUUUGCCAGCCACUUCAUCAUGGGCGGGGAGAAGUUUGACUCCACCCACCCCGAGGGAUACCUGUUCGGAGAGAACACCGACCUCAACUUUCUGGGAACCAGACCAGUGGUGUUCCCCUAUGCUUCCCCGCCACCUCAGGAGCCAGUGAAGACGCUACGAAGCCUUAUAAACAUCCGGAAGGAUACGCUGAGGCUUGUACGGUGUAGUGACGGCCAGAAGCUGCCAGGGGAGGAAGUGGCAGGGAAAAGCAAAGCCUGUUACAACAUAGAGUUCACCUUCGAUGCUGACACACAGGUGGCCAUCACCAUCUACUAUCAAGCUAUAGAGGAGUUCCACAACGGAGUGCCAAUUUACCUUCCCCAGGACAGCUCUCUCCAGUCAGAAAUGGUGCACUUUAAGAGAGGAGUCUGUCAGCAGUUCUGUCUGCCCUCGCACUCCGUCAACCUGUCAGAGUGGGCCGAUGAGGAGUUGCUUUUUGACAUGGACAAGGAUGUGUUUCCCAUGGUCAUUCAAGCGACAGUAGACGAGGGGGAAGAUCACAUGGGUCACUCCCAUGUCCUCCUGGCCACCUUUGAAAAGCACAUGGACGGAAGCUACUGUGUCAAACCUCUGAAGCAGAAGCAAGUGGUAGAUGGAGUGAGUUACCUUCUUCAGGAGAUCUACGGCAUCGAGAACAAGUACAACAGUCAAGAAUCAAAGGUUGCAGAUGAUGAGAUCAGUGAUAACAGUGCGGAGUGUGUGGUGUGUCUGUCGGAUGUCCGCGACACACUCAUCCUGCCCUGCAGACACCUGUGUCUCUGCAAUGCCUGCGCCGACACACUCCGCUACCAGGCCAACUGCUGCCCCAUCUGCAGACUGCCGUUCCGGGCGCUGCUGCAGAUCCGAGCCAUGAGGAAGAAGCUGAGUCCUCUCUCUCCUGCCAGGUUUAACCCCGUCAUCACCUCCCAGACCUCUGACUCAGAGGAACACUCGGUGUCGGAUCACAUUCCCCCAGGUUAUGAGAUCGUGUCCCUCCUGGAGGCUCUGAACGGGCCCCUGAGCGUGUCUCCCUCUGCCCCCCCUCUGCAGGACCUCUCUGUGGGCCACAUCUCGGGGACCCUGCCCCCCUACAGCAGUGAGACCCACCCCGCCCCGGCACACUCCAUGUCCCCCCUGGACCACUCCAACUCAAGCCAGAGACUCAAACUGAAGAAGAGCGGCUCCAAGUCUCUCUCCCAGAAUUCUUCGGUGCUGCCAGGGGAGGAGGGAAAGAAGUCACAACACAGUGAAUCAGAGGUUCAGGCCUGCCGCCGGAAACAACAACUUGAGAGUGGUGUAACUUCAGAGAGUGAGAACCUGACUCUAUCCUCGUCUGGAGCCAUAGACCAGUCCUCCUGUACUGGGACACCUUUCUCCUCCACCAUCACCUCCCCUGAAGACCCAGUGAACAGUAGCCUGGCCCAGUCAGUCAUGUCCAUAGCUUUCUCCCACAGCCAGCACUCUCAGAUCAGCACUGACACCCUGUCCUCCAUGUCUGGUUCCUAUCUGGCCGGACCGGAGGGAGAGGUAGAGGGGGAGACAUAGAGGGGGAGAAGAUCCAGGACGCACCCAUGGAGAGCCGGGGACCCUCACAGCAGGACGGGGAGGGAAAUGAUGUCACAGGGGAACACUGCCCCUCCCCUUCCCACAAGCAGGGUGGGCGGAGCAGGUGUCCAGAGUUGGCCAAUAACAAUCACGCCCUCUGCGACACACCCUGUAUGCGGGGGCUGGACAAUGAGCAGGUUCCCGACAGCCGAUUCGCCGAUGCGGACUCGUGCCCUGUGCACAUUGAGGAAUAGGUAUGGCUAUAGCUGUGGCUAGCUGAUAGGUUAGAGAUUGUUCACUAAACUUCGCGCUUUCUGCAAAACCGAAAGCGUGAAGCACCACAUUUAAUCAUGGCAAGGCGACUGGAAACAUGAUUGAAUACAAACAUUGUAGUUAUUCCCUCCGGCAAGGCAAUCAAACAAGCAAAGCGUCAGUAUAGAGACAAAGUGGAGUCGCAAUUCAACGGCUCAAACACGAGAUG